UGAUGACUUCCUGGAGCCGCAGCCGAUCGUUUCCAACGGCUGAAAGUUACACGGACGGGAGGAGCCGCCAGACAGGGCCUCAGAGCGAUGGGAUGGUGUGUGUAACUUGGCUGUGACGGUGAGACAGACACCCACCCCCUGAGCCGAGGCCGAGCAGCAGAGAGGAUGCCGGCAGUGAAACCCAACACUUAAGCCUGAAGCUGCAGAUUGGAAGACAUGCGAAGGUACAAUCGGGUACCCAGAGCUGAGCCUGAACAGCUCUAUAGAUUUAACAUUGGGUCGGAGCCAAGACCCUUGCUGUCCUGUGGAGUAUGUGGUUGCUGUGGUGCUUUGCGCCCUCGAUACAAGCGCUUAGUAGAUAACAUAUUCCCUGAAGAUCCAAAGGAUGGUCUUGUUAAAGCUGAUAUGGAGAAGUUGACCUUCUACGCAGUUUCGGCUCCAGAUAAACUGGAUCGAAUAGGGAAGUACCUUGCUGAGAGGCUGAGCAGGGAUGUUGUCCGGCAUAGAUGUGGAUAUGUUUUUAUUGCAAUGGAGGCACUGGAUCAGCUUCUGAUGGCUUGUCAUUCCCAAAGCAUCAAUCUCUUUGUUGAAAGCUUCCUUCAAAUGGUCGCCAAACUGUUAGAAUCUGGAGAGCCUGAGCUACAAAUUCUUGGUUCCAAUUCGUUUGUCAAGUUUGCCAACAUUGAAGAAGAUACUGCUUCAUAUCAUAGGCGCUAUGACUUCUUUGUAUCUCGAUUUAGUGCAAUGUGCCACUCUUGCAUUGAUGAUAUGGAAACCAGAACCAAGAUCAGGAUUGCUGGAAUCAAAGGCAUUCAGGGAGUUGUACGGAAGACGGUCAAUGAUGAACUGCAAACUAUAAUCUGGGAGCCUCAGCACAUGGAUAAAAUUGUUCCUUCACUUCUCUUCAACAUGCAAAAGACUGAGGAGAGUGACAGUAAGAACGAUCCCCCUUCAACAUCGAGAAGUGCUGAUAAAGAUGAGAACCCUGCAGCACUUGCAGAGAGUUGUUUCCGGGAGCUGCUGGGACGUGCAGCAUAUGGGAACAUGAAUAACGCUGUCCGACCUGUGCUGGUGCAUUUAGACAAUCACCAGCUCUGGGAACCAAAUGAAUUUGCUGUUUCUUGCUUUAAAAUCACAAUGUAUUCUAUACAGGCUCAGCACUCUCACCAUGUGAUUCAGCAGAUUCUUCGACAUUUGGAUAAUCACAACAAGGACUCGCCUAGGGUCCGAGCCGGCAUUGUACAGGUUCUUUUAGAGACUGUAGCAAUAGCAGCAAAAGGCUCCGUAGGGCCAACUGUUUUGGAAGUUUUCAACACAUUGUUGAAACAUUUGCGCCUCAGCGUGGAUUUUGAGUUGUCGAACAAACGUAGCUCUACAGGGACUUUGACAAACCACGAUGAGAAGGUUGUACAGGAUACUAUUAUCAAAACUAUUGGAUUCUUUGGGAGCAAUCUUCCAGAUUACCAAAGAUCGGAAAUUAUAAUGUUUAUUAUGGGGAAAGUUCCUGUUUACGAUGGCACCUCACAUACACUGGAUACCAGCCAAUCUGGGGAACAAGCAACUAGAAGGAUCCAGGUCAUGCUCCUAAGGUCACUGUUUAUGGUAACAUCUGGAUAUAAAGCGAAAAGUAUAGCAGCUGCCCUUCCAGCUCCGUUUUUAGAACCAUUAUUGUCAGUCUCUCUAAUGGAAGACAGUGAACUGAGACAACUGGUGCUCCAGAUUCUGCACAGCCUUAUUGAUCGUCAUGACAACAAAGCAAAAUUUAAAGGAAUGAGAAUCAUCCCUGAUGUUUCGACACUGAAGAUAAAAAGGGAAAAGAGCUCAAAGCAAGAUAUAAGUUUCAUGAAAAAGCAAGGACAGCAAUUGUAUCGAUACAUUUACCUGGGCUGUAAAGAAGAAGAUAAUGACCUCAAAAACUUUGACUCUCUGUUUAUUGCUCUUGCACUAAUCACCAUUGAACUGGCCAAUGACGAAGUGAUCAUAGACUUGGUUCGCCUUGCUCUUGCCAUGCAGGACGUGGCGGUUAGCAAUGAAGAUAACUUACCCAUGUAUAACCGUUGUGCCAUCCUGGCCUUGGUGGCUGGAUACUUAAACUUUCUGAGUCAGAUGAUUGCCAUACCAGCAUUUUGUCAACAUGUAAAUAAGGUGAUUGAAAUGAGAAAUAAUGAAGCACCCUAUCUUCUGCCAGAAAAUAUUUCAAAAGAGAAGUCUGUAUUGCCCAAGUCCUUGGAGAGCCAAGAGAAGAGCUGUUUUUUCUUACAAACCGAGAUUGCUGAUACUCUGGCAAGCAGUGGUUACAGUGUGGAAAAGUUAUCUGUGCCAUAUGUGCCCCAAGUCACAGAUGAAGAUAGAUUGUCGAGAAGAAAGAGCAUUGUGGAGACCGUAUCAAUCCAGGUGGAUCUUAUUGGUGUCAACAUACAACAGGACAAGAGCAAGAUGGCUGAAGAAAUCACCUUUGAAACACUGAAGAAAGCCAUUGCAGAUAACCAAAACCUGGAAGAACAGGAAAAAGAAAAGCGGCGGCAAGUAAUUGAGAAGUUUCAGAAGGCACCAUUUGAGGAAAUUGCAGCUCAGUGUGAAUCCAAGUCGAACCUGCUCCAUGACAAACUUGCGCAGAUAUUUGAACUGACAAUUAGACCACCUCCAAGUCCAUCUGGAUCUGUGAAUGUUGCAGGGGGCCAUGUUCAGUACCAUUCAAUCCCAGUAUAUGAAAUGAAAUUCCCAGACCUCUGCGUUUAUUAACCACUGGUUUUGUUCACAGGCAUUUUGUCCUUUAUAUCUGAAUGGGCAAAUAACGAAAUAAACACCAAAUAUAGGAAAAGGACAAAAUAAUGCAAAUAUUUAGUUUCCCACUGAUGGAUUAUAUUUCAUAUUAAGAAGGCGGAACAAUUUUUCUUCCUACUAAACAAAUCAAUUAAAAAUAUCUUGGGAUUUUCUGAACCAAAUUUUACAGUAUAUUGUCAUACUGUGUAAAAAUGCAUGUUGUACAAAAAAGUAGAAGCUUUUGAAGAGAUAUUUGUCACUAGUAAGUGUUUAGCGGUUGGAUAAGCAGUUAAAUUAGCAUUCCCAGUGGUGAAAAUAACCAUAAACAAAAUUAAUAUUUGGCUUUUUUUAAAAAAAUUCCAGAAGUUUACAUAAAACAGAGUAGAACUUAUCAAUGCAAUAGUUUCUUGAUUAUAUAACAUUCCUAUUAGUGUUGGAAGUUUACGCUUAUUAGUAAAUGUUGUAGCUUCGGCUCAUUUAUAUUAGCUGAAUCUUGGUGUAAGUCAGUAUUCACUCUGUAUUUCUGUGCUGAGGUAAUCACAUUGCAGAAUGAAUCCCACAAAUCAGUAUUGUCUAAAUUUGCAUGAAUACCGUGGACUUGUGCGAAGUACUGGAGAUCAUCCGGCACCUAUGAAAUCACACCCGGUACAAGGAAAACUGAAUGUAAUGUCUACAUCAGCAUACAUUAGACACACAAAAAAUAAAUUCCAUCCUAUUUAGAGUGGUAUUUAUCAAA